UCGUCCCAUGUGAUAUUAGGAAUCUAUACCGUGUGUUGCUGUUGUUUUCAUAUUUUUUUCAUUAAUGUAUGAUAUUUUACAUUCGUUCAAUUCACAAGGCCAAUUUCUUUGGACAUUCUGAAGAGACGAAGGAACGGACUUUUAGUUUGUGAAAAUUCCUACCGAAAUUCAAUUUUCAAUCGAAAAAUGAUGUUCUAAUCCUAAUAUCCCAAUAAUUUUUUGAUUAUGACAACACGUGUAUUUGCGAGAAGAGUAGCAGUGCUAUCGUUAAUUCCCAAAAAUCAGUGGGACGAAUGUUAUCGUCUGAUGUUUGAAAAUAAUUAUAGACAGAAGAAAAAUGAUCCAAAGCUAAAAAAGUGGUGUCACCUGGAGCCCUUUUCCAUAUAAAAGAUGCCGAAGAUACCUAAGCAAGUAUUCCAAAAGUGUUCAACAUGAAAUCCCAACUUUUAGUCACCGUUGUCGUAUGUGCCAUCUUUGCAUCUCGAUCAUCUUGUAGUCCAUACAAACACGAAAAUAGAGGUUUAUGUGGGACACGUUUGGUAGAAACAAUGGCCAUGGUUUGCAACUACCAUUACAAUGCACCAAUGAACAAAAAAUCAGUAAACUGGAACUUGGAGGAUGCAUCAGACUAUACAGAUGAUUACAGUCAAAAUUCCCUGAAUGGUGGAGUUUACCGAUGGUUCGAUAAUACUGAUGCCAAUUCUUUCAUACCAAUAAGACACCAAAGAGGAAUUGUGGAAGAGUGUUGCAAGAAGCCGUGCUCCAUUUCUGUUCUCCGAUCUUAUUGUUCCAAAAUGAAAAUCCUCCGAUUGAUCUGGUCCGUUGUUAUAAUAUUCAUAAGUGUGUCGCAUUGCCAAACAGAUCCCUUAGAAAUGCUAAGAAUCACAAAGAAGAAGUAUUGUGGGGAUAAUUUGUCCAAGACGCUCUCCACCGUUUGCAAAGGGGUUUACAACACUUUGACGAAGAAAUCAGAUGUGAUAAAGAAAGAAGGCUAUUGGACUCCCAUUUUCCGAUCAGAAUACGAUGAAGAAAGAUUUCCGUUCACAAGAAAAUCAAGAGCAGUCUCGAUGAUGAAAUUUCAUCAAAGGAGGAGAAAGAGAGGUGUGUUCAAUGAAUGCUGCGAAAAGGCUUGUUCCCACAGGGAACUCUCAUCUUAUUGUGCUCACUGAAAAGAGUCCUGGCAAACUUUGGAAGUCUCACUUAUGGCUAAACUAUUUAUCCCAGAAUAUGGGAGAUGCGAACGUUUUAAUUGUCUUGAUCGAAUGAGGUAGUGAGAGAAAUCUUUGAAUGUAGAGAAGAAUAGGGAAAAUGAUGAAACUUUUCUUGACAUGCACUUAAUCUAGAUAAUUCAAUUGAAACUUACGAAACGUGAUGAAUGGAAGAAUGUGAAUGACGAAAAAUAUCUCGAGGAUUAGAAAACACGAAUUAUUCUAAUAACUAGAUAUAAUUAUGAAUGGGAUAAUGGAGGGAUAUUGAAGACAUCAAUGAACUUAAUUGUAAAUUUUAAUUGGACUUUUCGAAAAACAUUGAAAAGAAAUUCAAAAUCGAAAUUGUACUACAUAAUAGUAUUAUAAUUAUUAUCAUAACAUUCAAUCAGAUCACUUCAGAUAGAAAAGUUGUUAUUUUUGUUGAUUUUUUACGUUCAUUUUAGAAUAUUGCCUAGUUAUUUAGAGGGAUUCAAUUCAUUUCAGUACGAUUUUCAAAAUAUAUCGAAAGCUGAAAUGGAUUAUGAUAUAUUACGUAAUGAUCAAAUUGAUUAUUAUUUAAUGGAGAUUGUGCUGUCAAUCUGUGUAUAUACGCUUAAGAUAAUUCGAAUAGUUGUAGUUAGUUUAAUUUAAUCUCUGUGGUCAUUUUGAUUUGUCUGUGUUAUCAAUUAUUUAAUUCUUAUUUGAAAUGGCCUUGUGAUAAAUAUAGCUUAAAUUUUACUACUCAAUAAUUGAAGAUGAAAUGGAAUGGAUUUCGAA